AUGAGGAGUGAUAUCUAUACAAUCCACUAUCCAAUUUCCAACAUUUGGAUACAGACAGAACUUUCAAAAGACGGUCAAAUCUCCAUAUCGCUACUCAUACAACAGAUAUACGCAAUGAGCCUUGCGUCAGAGGAUGAGCUGGCGAAUAGAUCAUUACCAUAUAGCGAGCAUCUUGCCGCUACUCUCAAGCCCUUUGUUAUCGGCGGUGCCUCGGGGCUCGUUGCUACAACAUGCAUUCACCCUAUCGACGUAAUCAAGGUGCGGCUGCAGCUCGCUGGACAAGGUGGAAGCUCGCCAUCGGGCAUGUUCUCAGUUGCCAGGGGAAUUGUGUCUCAAGGCAGGUUACUCGACUUGUAUCAGGGCAUAUCAGCUGGCUACUUGCGGCAACUCGUUUAUGGCACAGCCCGUCUAGGUUUCUUCUACACGUUUGAAGAUGCGCUGAAAAGGCGAGCAUCGGCACAGGAUCGGCAUAUAAACUUUAUGGAGAGAGGCAUGGCUGGGCUUCUGGCUGGAGGGUUGGGAUCUCUCAUCGGUACUCCUACAGAAGUCGCAUUGAUCCGCAUGCAGAGUGAUGGGAUGAAGCCCCGAGCGAAGCGCGCCAACUAUCGCUCAGUUUUUGACGCUCUAUCAAGAAUCACUCGAGCAGAGGGCAUUCGAGGACUAUGGAGUGGCGCAACCCCAACAGUUAUACGAGCAUGUUCAACAAACUUUGGUCAACUAACCUUCUUCUCCGAAGCCAAGCAUCAGCUUGCUACUCACACGGAAUUAUCACCCUAUACACGGUCUCUUGUUGCUGCGGCGAUUGCGGGAACUUUCGCUGCUAUUCUGAGCUUACCGUUCGACUUUGUCAAGACAAGAAUGCAGUGGCAGAAUAAGCAACACGGAGGACGUAUACAUUAUACGAGUUUCUUUGACUGCAUCGUCAAGGUUGCAAGGACAGAAGGUAUCGCGGCAUUUGGCCACGGCUUCGUACCAUAUUUCUAUAGGAUUGCUCCCCACGCGGUUAUUAUGCUUACAGUAUCGGACUUUAUCGCAAGGUCUUGGGUUAAUUGA